GGUGAAGAAGCCAAGACGCAGAAAGGCCAAGCCCCUUGCCUUGGGUCACACAGCCAAAGGAGGCAGAGCCAGAACUCACAACCAGGUCUGUGUCCCCUAAGUCCUCGGAUGCAUCGUCCCUGCCCCGCUGCCCUCCUGGGAGAUUGUGGGAGAGAAGUAGGGGUACAGGCAGUGCUGGGUGUCCGGGGAGAAGGCUGCAGUGAGCAGACCCAGCCAUCCCUGAAGGAGGGGCCCCGGGACAGCAAACCCUUCCCUGGAAACAGUUUAAAAACACCGACCUGUUGGAGACAGAGAUGCUGAGGAACGAGCAUGGUUGGGGCCAAGGGAAACACCAAGACAGAGAGGGGAGAGCGGUUCCUCACUGCAACUCCCUCCAGGAAUAUUGCCCCCACCACUCUCACCAGUGCUAGGUGUAGGGGAUCUUGCAGGCUCAGCUACGUGACUUAGCCUGUCUGUGCCUCAGUUUCCACAUCUGUGCCAUGAGGUUAAGCAUGUACCUACCUCUCAGGAUUGCCGAGAAGAUAAGAUGUUUGGUGUACAGGCUUAGCCCCCUGGCACCAGGUUACUACCAAAAGCUCAUGGUUCCAGUGCCUGCUCCACCCUCCCUCGCGCCCCUCUGAGGGUAAUUCUCUGUCCUUGGCGCCUUUAACUUCAGGUUGUUCAGGGCUAUCUGAGAUCUGCAGGAUUUCCGGACAGCCCCACCAGCAACUAGGAGCUGCUUGAGUAAGACCAAGAUCCAGAGGCAACAGGGACAUGGCCACCUGGGACGAGAAGGCAGUCACCCGCAGGGCCAAGGUGGCUCCCGCUGAGAGGAUGAGCAAGUUCUUAAAGCACUUCACGGUCGUAGGGGACGACUACCACGCCUGGAACAUCAACUACAAGAAAUGGGAGAAUGAAGAGGACGAGGAGGAGGAGGAGCAGCCGCCACCCACACCAGCCUCAGGAGAGGAAGGCAGAGCUGCAGGCCCUGACACUGCCCCCGCCCCUGGCCCCGCGCCCAGGGCCCCCCUUGACUUCAGGGGCACGUUGAGGAAACUGUUCAUCUCCCACAGGUUUCAGGUCAUCAUCAUCUGCUUGGUGGUUCUGGACGCCCUCCUGGUGCUUGCUGAGCUCAUCCUGGACCUGAAGAUCAUCCAGCCCGACAAGAAUAACUAUGCCGCCAUGAUAUUCCACUACAUGAGCAUCACCAUCUUGGUCUUUUUUAUGAUGGAGAUUACCUUUAAAUUAUUUGUCUUCCGCCUGGAGUUCUUUCACCACAAGUUUGAGAUCCUGGAUGCCGUCGUGGUGGUGGUCUCAUUCGUCCUCGACGUUGUCCUCCUGUUCCAGGAGCACGAGUUUGAGGCUCUGGGCCUGCUGAUUCUGCUUCGGCUGUGGCGGGUGGCCCGGAUCAUCAACGGGAUUAUCAUCUCAGUUAAGACACGUUCAGAACGGCAACUCUUAAGGUUAAAACAGAUGAAUGUACAAUUGGCCGCCAAGAUUCAACACCUUGAGUUCAGCUGCUCUGAGAAGGAACAAGAAAUUGAAAGACUUAACAAGCUAUUGCGACAGCAUGGACUUCUUGGUGAAGUGAACUAGACCCAGACCAGCUCCCCGCAGAGAAGACACUGCCUCAUGGGCCUGUGCUGUCAUGUGAGGAACAGCUGCCCCUCCUGGGCCACCUGGUGAGAGGUUUGGUUUGAUGCCUCUGCCUCCCUCCUGCCAGCAUGGAUUCUGGGUGGACACAGCCUUGUGGAAGGUCCAGUACCACCAAGAGCUGCCCAUCCAUUCCCACCCCACACUGUGUCAAAGGUAUCACAUUUUCUCAUGUUGAACACUUUAGCCUUGCUUGAAAAUGAGCAACAAAGCUGGACAAUUUCUAGUUGUAUAUAAAAUUUAGUCGCAUCGAAUGUACAGUUUUCAAAUUUCACAUGUAUAUUAAGGAAUUGAUGCAUCCUUUCAUAUGAGCAUUCUGAAAGAAA